AUGUCUGCAGAUGGUUCAGACUUUUUUGCAUUUGCAAAAAAACUACUAGAUAAAAAUUCGUAUUUGGGUACUGAUGAAUCUUAUGAAUGUAAGUCGUCAGAAAUUUCAUCCGGUAACAUUGAUGAAAAAAUUAAAGCAAAAAUCAAAAGGAAUAUAGAGUAUUUAAAGGGUAUUAGAAAUGCAAAAGCAUAUAGAAUCACUUGCUUAUAUUACAAAUAUUGGAUGUACGAACAAAUAAAAAAUACUAUUAACUCCAAAAAGCAUGAAAAAAAUGAUGGGGAUAUUAUUGAUGAUUUUGUGAAUUUCCAUAAAGAUAAUAUGAAAAAGAAACCUUCAAAAGCUGAAUGCGAAUAUCAUUUUAUUCAUAAAAAUUUACUAGAAUUAACAUAUUUUAUUGAACAGAAACAUUUGCAUAAUUAUUAUGUUAAUUAUGAGAACAUUAUAGAAGUAAGCACAUGUAAUAAAAUUACUUCUGAUAAAUAUAGAAAAUACAUUCAAAGCAUUAGUAAUCUAUAUAUGCAACAUAAAAAAGAAUGCUGUGACGAAUUUUGA